AUGGAUCCUUUGAAAUUGCUGUCGCGCAAUACGAAGGGCUUGUCGAAGAGACGGCAAAAUACUGUCGUGACUCCCUCUACUGGUCAGAAUGCCUACCCUCAGCUGUACAACCUCGAUAGUGGCGCAUUCAUCUCAUCAAAGAAGCGGAAGCGAGUCGAAUAUGUGGCUGGUCCGCGACAAGGACACUCAGACGGGACAGACUUCUUCGGCGCGAACACAAGCUCCGUCCCGUCGGGAGCUGCGGUGGUAGCGCUUAGCCGGAGUGACGAUGAGGAAAAUGACCUGGCCGACCACGAGAGGGAUGCACGCCCUGUCGUACCUUCCCAGCCUAGCAUGUCAGAGGAGGAGGCGAAGAGUCUCUUGAAGGAACACAAGAUCAAAGUCACACACCUCAAUCCUAGAUCCACGAAGAAGCGGAUGAAAGCCACGAACAGCAGUAAGGUGUCGAAAGCUUCGCUGUAUCCACGAUCUCUACGCUCCUUCGGUGAGCUACGUGAUCAAUAUGGCAUAUCGAAGAGAUUGGCGACGAAUCUGGACGAUCAGGGAUACACAACGCCUACCGAGGUGCAACUAAGUGCAUUGCCUGUACUUUUGGACGGCUCUGUGGCAAGCAUGACUUCUGGUGAUGCAAGCAUGAGCGAGUCUGCGGAUCACAGCGUGGACAUGCUCACCGUGGCGCCAACCGGAAGUGGCAAAACUCUGGCCUUCUUCAUACCAAUCCUGCAUCGUAUGCAGAGCCGGCGCAAACUCGACGAGAACACUGAGCGAAGACCUUCCGCGGUGAUUCUUGCACCGACAAAGGAGCUUGUUGGACAGAUUGUCAACGAGGGCAGGAAGCUUGCUAAAGGGACUGGUUUGCGCGUCACUCAGAUUCGGAAGGGUGACGGUCUUGUGCGAGAAGAUGGAGAUGAUGAGACCGCAGGCGAGAAGUUAGCUGAACAGCCUGCCGUCAAGGCUGAUGUCUUGGUCAGUACACCUGGGCUUCUGUACAGUAUGCUCUCUACUGAGUCCGAGGACGUCACUGCGGAAUCGGGCGAGGUAUCAAAAGUGAAGCACGUGGAGCGGAAUGUUGCUGCGCUCUCGGAUGUGCAAGCUCUAGUACUGGACGAAGCAGAUGUGCUCCUGGAUCCACUUUUCCGCGAACAGACGCUCGGAGUAUGGAACAGUCUUGACCAUCAAGACUUGCGAGUCAGUCUGUGGUCAGCAACAAUGGGCAGCAAUAUUGAGGAGCUCACCCAAAGCACGAUCGGAAGUCGAAGGCUGCGUCUCGAUGCUCAGGAAGCACCACUCAUUCGUCUGGUAGUCGGUUUGAAAGACUCUGCAAUACCCAACAUCGAGCACAGGCUGGUGUAUGCUGCGACUGAGCAAGGCAAGCUGAUGGGACUGCGACAACUUCUGCAUCCUGCUGCGUCCUCGAAAGACACUGGAUUACCACUACUUCCGCCGUUCCUGAUUUUCGCCCAAACGAUUGAACGAGCUGUAGCAUUACAUUCCGAGCUGCUAUACGACAUCCCUGCCGAAGCUGGAGGAAGCACUCGCAUCGCAGUCCUGCAUGCCGAUCUGUCCGACACCGCACGCGACAGCAUUAUGACCCGUUUCCGCAAAGGCGAAGUGUGGGUGCUUAUCACGACAGACUUGCUUGCACGUGGUGUGGACUUUCGCGGCGUCAACGGUGUUGUCAACUACGACAUACCAACGUCUAGCGCAGCAUAUGUUCAUCGGGUUGGCCGAACUGGCAGAGCUGGGCGCGAAGGUGGCGUCGCUGUCACACUGUACAGCAAAGAAGAUAUACCUUACCUGAAACAUGUCGCCAAUGUGGUGGCCAUGGCGCCGAAGCACAAAGGUGGGCCGGUAUCACAAGGCGGGCUGCAGCAGUGGCUCGUAGAUUCAUUGCCUAAGCUCGGCAAGAAUGAUAAGCAGAAGUUCAAGAAGCGUGGUGUCGAAUCACGUACGACUCAUGCCGAAGAACUGGACCCCAAGUCUGCACGUCGUGCACGCAUCAGUUCCAAAGCUGGCUUCUUACGACAAGCGGAAAACAAUCGCAAAGGGGCUGUUGAAGGGAGUCAGCGACGAGCCAAGCUCGAGAGUGAGAGUGUGGCAGCGGUGCAAGAUGCCAGCGACACUGAGUUCGCUGGAUUCGACUAA